GAAUUCCGAAAGAUCUUUUCAGUUAGAAAUGGCUCAAGCUAUUUUGGAGAAUCCAACAUUUUGCAUGCUUACACACACUACCCGAACUCAGAUUCGAGCCCGUUGCCCAACAGAACAUUAAAAAUCCAUGCUUGUCUCUUCUCACAAUUGGAAAGAUCGGCAACUCGACAAGCAUCUAUAAAAAAAAGAUCCAUCAUGUAUUCCAUCAAGCCAACCAUUGGGGCCAUGCGCCACCAGUCCGAUCUCCGCCAGAUUGCUGGCCUGAUGCUUAUCACCGGUAUCUGCGCCAUCUUCCAACCCAUCGGAAAUGUCGCUUCGCUCAUUUCCCCCGGUAAUACCUCCACUACGGGCGUUCCUUUCUCGGCGCUCAUGGGAGGGCUCAGUCUUGUGUCGAUGGGCAUUAUCUCACUUUUUAUUGGGUACAACCAGCUUGUUCACGAUUGGGGCAACAAAACUUUGACGCUCUUUGCCAUUCUUUUGACGCAAACGGGUUUCAUUCCAUACUUGACCGACAUUUCCGAUGUAGGACAACAGGCUCGUAGCGGUGCUGCAUUUAUUCCGGAAGCCUACAACGCUUCCGAGUCGGCCGUACGAUUCGUCGGUGCCAUGGGAAUCCUAGGCAUCAUGGCUUACGGCUUCAGCUUCAUCGGCGCCUUUUCUUUUUUGCAAUUCAGUCUCUACACAUACCAGACCGGCAAUCACCGACAGCGCAGUGCCCCAUACUUCCACGGACGCAUGACCUUCUACGCUUUCACGUUGUUCAUGGCAGGCCUCUCGCAGCUCAUGCUUGGUAGCUUUAUCAUGGCCAACUACGGUGGCGGAGUUUUGGAAAAAGGCACCAUUGGGGUCGCUAUGUACGUGGUCAACUUUCCGGCCAUAAGUAUCUUUCUCGGUUUGAUUCAGAUUUUCAACGCCGUCUGGGGGUUGGCCCGGUCGUACGGAGUUGGAAUUUUCGGCACUAACGAUCAAAGCUUCCAAAUGUCCAUGUUUGUGGGCUGGUUCUUGCAGCUUGUGCUUCAAGUGCUUGUGCAGGUCGGAUAUGUCCCGGGAGACGGCUUGGCCGUGGCGGCACCCUCGAUUACGGCUUUGUCCUUGGGCUUGAACCUCAUGCCUGCCUACCUGGACUACAAGGCCCGCACUCUACCGGAAGAAAUCCCGACGACCUACUACGGAACAGGGGAAGAAAAGUCCGUCGCCGAUUCGACCAUCCCUCACGCCGGCGCCGAGAUGGAAGCGUAAAUGCGAUCUGAUUGCGUGUGGUCGCUGGUGACGGUGUCCGAUCGACGGAAGACGGGGGGAGCGCUCACCAUGGACGUUGAUACAAAACUCUGUCAUUUUCCACCGACUGAUCGGUUUCCUGACAGCUUUAUCUUUCAUGACACAUUACGCACAAAGUAAUUUAUGUUUCUCCUGACUUUGCAUAUUAUGAACCUACACACACACACACACACACACACACACACACACACACAC